AUGACCAGAAUGGCUUCUAAGCCACAGGUUGCCUUCAUAGGGCUGGGUGCUAUGGGAAUAGGGAUGGCCAUCCACCUGCUCGACGAUGGCUUCGCGGUGACCGGGUUCGAUGUCAAUCCUAUGGCCCUUGAAAAACUGCUCGCCAUGGGUGGGACGGAUGCUUCUAGCCCAAGGGAAUGCGCCCAAGGCGCAUCAUUCAUUGUCUGCAUGGUCGCAAAUUCUAUGCAGACCGAGGAUGCAUUUUUCGCAGAGUCAACGGGCGCAGUGUUUGGCCUCGCACAGAACACAGUUGUCAUUCUAUGCUCAACCGUUGCUCCAGGAUUCCCAGUCAAAAUUCUGGAUCGUUUUCACCGGGAAUUUCGAAGGCCGGAUAUCCAAUUGGUGGAUUGUCCUGUGUCUGGUGGGACGAUACGCGCCGCUCAAGGACUGUUGACCGUUCUGUCAUCGGGCCGAUCGGAUGUUUUGCGUACCGCUCAGCCAAUCUUGAAAUCGAUGAGCGAAAAUUUGUAUGAGAUUGAGGGCGGACUAGGUGCCGCGAAUAAGGUCAAACUCAUCAAUCAGCACCUUGCUGGUGUGCACAUUGCGGCUUCUGCGGAGGCAAUGGGGCUAGCUGCGACAUUAGGAUUGAACACAAAAGACUUUUAUGACACGGUUGUCAAGAGCCCAGCGUGUAGUUGGAUGUUUCAAAACCGAGUGCCUCAUAUGCUACUCGAUGAUUGGACGCCUCACUCUGAUAUCAGUAUCUUUGUAAAGGACAUGCGAAUUGUGACUUCAGAAGGCCUCCUUCAAGAUUUCCCUCUUUAUAUUGCAUCUGCGACAGAGCGACUUUAUCAAUAUGCAGCGCGCAUGGGAUAUGAAAGGGACGACGAUGCCAGCCUUGUUCGAAUUUUUCUGGCACAAACCCCAUCUCUCGUUUCAGAAGCAACACAUAUGAAGAAUCCCCAAAGUUCGCAUUCAUCUGAGCUGAUAUGCGGGUUACUGGAGACCGUCCACACCUUAGCGGCGGUUGAGGCUCUGGCCCUCGGAAACAAACUUGGCAUUCCAACCAACACCCUCUCAUCAAUCAUUUCAAAUGCCGCUGGCGCCAGCGAGUCCUUCAAAAAGGUUGCAACGACAAUUUUGGCUGGUGAUAUUGUAUCUGGGUGUACCAUUACCCAGACCCGGGACAUGCUGAAAGAAGUAAUCAACCUUGCCCAGGCGCACAGCUAUCCCCUGCAAGUCGCAGCUACUACAUUUCAACUUUUACAACAGGCUGUCAUUUAUGGCCUGGGUGGAGAAGGUCAAGCAGCGCUUCUCAAGCUAUGGACAACAUCAGAUCUUUCUGUCGAGCCCUUGCAUAUAACUGAAUAUGAUUCAAUCCCACUCUCUGAACUGAGCUCAAGGAUACCUCGAUCUGAGGAGAACCCUCAAAACCUUCUAUGCAAUAUUCAAGCUCAUUUGCAAGCUGAGAAUAAUUGCAAGUUGAUUGUCCUCGAUGAUGAUCCAACAGGAACGCAAACAUGCCAUGAUAUUAAUGUCCUCACCAUGUGGGAUGUCAAUAUCCUUGCGUCGGAGUUCCGCUCAGAUAGCAGAGGCUUUUUCAUUCUCACAAACAGUCGUGCAUUGCCUCCCAAUGAGGCUCAUGCGCUAGUCAGUGAAGUGUUGCGGAAUGUGUCCAAGGCAGCUGAUAUGACUGGCAAAACGUUUGAAGUUGUGCUAAGAGGAGACUCGACAUUGCGCGGUCAUUUCCUGGGAGAAGUUCAAUCGCAUAUUGAUGCAAUUGGCUCACCAGAUGCAUGGAUACUGGCGCCGUUCUUUGGACCGGGUGCUCGCUAUACCAUCGACGAUAUACAAUACGUUGGCGACCGAGAUGUCUUAGUCCCAGCUGCAAAGACUCCAUAUGCCGAGGACAAAACUUUUGGCUACAAAUCCUCAAAUCUCAGAGAGUGGGUACGUGAAAAAGCAGGGUCACGAUUCUCUAGCACGGACAUACUGUCUGUAACGCUGGAAGAAAUCAGAAACGGGGGAAUUUCAGCAAUCAAACAAAAAUUGCUGAAUGUGCCCAAAGGUGGCAUCUGUAUAGUUAACGCAGUCCAGGCGGAAGAUAUGCUUAUGUUCAGCCUGGCUUUGUUGGAAGGUACGCAUCCCUGUCUCGUCACGCCCAUCUACGGCUUCACGUUCACUCAAACUAACUUCUCCUUUAAAGUACGCAAAGAGCACCAGCUCCGUUUUGCGUAUCGAACGGGGGCGAGCUUUGUUUCUAGUCGUCUCGGAAUGCCAGAAAGGCCAGUCAUCUUACCGAGCCAGAUCCCAAACUUCAACCCCACAAGACACACGGGAGGUCUGAUUGUAGCGGGUUCUUACGUCCCGAAGUCAACCAAACAGAUCCAGUCAUUGAUUGAAAGAUCAGGGAGUAAUUUGACAACCCACAUCGUGGAAGUGCCAGCCCUAUUGAUCGAGCUCCAGAAAUAUUCCGACAUUCCUACAAUGCUUCGCCGCUCACUGGUGUUGCAAGAAGUCGUGACUCGUGCAUCUGACGACCUUCGAGGUGGUCAAGAUGUGCUGGUUAUGACCAGUCGAGACCUUGUCACCCUGGAUUCUGUCAAUACUCUGGCAUCUGAAACCUCCAAGCAAAUCACAAACUUGGACAUCAACAGCGUAGCCGCCACUGCCUUGGUUCAUAUUGUGCGGAACCUGAGUGUUUGUCCUCGAUACCUGCUAGCAAAAGGGGGCGUCACUUCAUCUGAUGUGGCGACAGCCGGUAUAGCUAUCAAACGUGCAACAGUGCUGGGUCAGGCUGCGCCCGGAGUUCCCAUUUGGUGGUGUCAGAGCGAAGAAGACUUAAAGUCUCAAGAUCAAGGGGGAAGGGAGAUCAAAUGGACCGAGAUACCGUUGAUCAUUUUCCCGGGCAAUGUCGGUGAUGAAAAUACCUUGGCCGACGUGGUUGAGCGUUGGGCAGUAUAA